UUGGUUUCUUGUGGUUUAACAGGUCAUAGGGAAUUACUAGUUUCAAUUCGUUUCAACAAACCUGGAUGGCAAUGGUCAGGAUGCUUUUUACCAGAUCAUCUGAGUGAUACUCAGGUGAAAAUGCAGAAUCAUGUUUCUGGUGCAGUCAGUAUGAUACGUAUGAAGCAUGCUGCAUUGAUGUGGAAAUCCUAUCAAGGUGCCUGGAAGCAGAGUUGACAGUUUGUUGCUGCUCUUUCAGCAGAGACAAAGAGGCAGUCGCAAGGAAGAUGACUGGACGUGCCCUAGCUGUGGAAAUGUCAAAUUUUCAUUUAGGACGACUUGCAAUAUGCACAACCGUACUCAAUCGAGGCCAGCAGAUUACAACUCAAAAUCUGCUGCAAAACCCAUACAACCCAUGCAUGUCUACUCAUCCUCAGCUCCCUAUAUAGGCUCUGGUGCACCCUCCUCGAUGUAUAUGGGUGUGCCACCUUAUGGAUCUUCUCUCUUCAAUGGAUCAUCUAUGUCUCCUUACGAUGUUCCAUUUUCUGGGGGUUCUGCCUAUCAUUACAACUACGGCAGCCGCCUUUCUGGAGGCAGCCCGUAUAGACCCCUGCAUAGAGCUUGUCCAACACCUUAUUCUAGUGGAUCUAUGAUAGGAAAUGGCAGGAUGUACGGUAUGCCACCCCUGAUGGACUGCUAUGGCUUGGGUAUGGGUAUGGCCAUGGGCCAUGCUGACAUGGCUGCGAAAUCUGAUUCCAAUUCUAAACAUAAGAUGCUCGAUGGGAGCUGGAAGUGUGAGAAAUGCAAUAACAUAAACUACCCUUUUAGGACCAAAUGUAACAGACAAAACUGUGGGGCCGAUAAACCAUCUGAGGGACAAAAAUCCCCUUCAGAACCAGCAGAUGAAAACGAUCAGAUAAUCUUAUCCAGAAGAUCAUCUGAACAGAGUUUAGGGACUGCACUGUGUGCACUAUUGCUCAUCGUAUCCCAACUGUUAUUGACAGCGAUCUAGUUCUGGUCCUCAGUGAUGGUGCGUACACUAAUACUUCCCAUUUCUUCUUCCAUUUAGUGGACAUAAGUGUUGCUGCAAUCUGUAGAAAUUUUUCCUAAGAAUUUUAGUAUAAUCUGCAUUUGGUAAUGUUAUUAAUUUUCAUGAGUAUCCAAAAAAAAUUCAUUUCUUUUUCUUUUAAUCUUUUGACAAGAUAAAUUAAAUUAGUAAAAGGCUCUAGAAGAGGAAGCCGCCCUUGUAGAUCUGUAGGAACAAUAUCAACACCCACAACUCUAUAGAUAUGUUACGAUGAAUAAUUCCCUGACUCUGCAUGUUCUUUUUCACUAGUAACACCUACUAACCACAAUGUGUUUGCAUUGAAUAAAAUUUUCCAAGAUUCAUCAAAUUUUUUUGAUGUUCUUGAAAUGAUGGAAACUCGAGGAGAUUAUGGUAUACAAGAGUAUAUAUCUAAUCUUGAUCCUCAGGAUAUGCAGGUGAAUAUGUAUCUUGAUUAAGAGUUAACUUUUAGAAUGUAAAUAAGGGUUUGAGAGAGUUGUUGGUCUUCGAAGUCAAAGUCUUAGGUUUGAUAUUUUACACUGUAAAAAUAUUAGAGAGUUUUGCUUCUCAUUUCUCAACUUUACUAUGAUGGUGUGGCAAGUAUUAUCUAAAAAUGAUUCUCUCUCUUUGGCUCACGGUAAUUGCUGGAAGUUGAAUGAAGGCUGUUGCUUCUUGAUCCUCUUGUGACUUGUCCCAUCAAAUUUAUUAACAUAAUGUUUCUACAACUCCAAGGUUAUUUGUACAGUCAAUCUUUAUUUUUAUUUUCAUCUCUCUCUCUGAAGUAUCUAAGUAUCAAAUUCAUUUAUAAGUCAUUCCAUUACAAUUCUGUUUUCAUUUUUCUUUUCCCUUUUCACUUCUAUGAAUUUAUGCAUUUGAAAUACCUAGAAUUUAUUAGAUUUGAAAUCAAGCUUUGUCUGUCGAUGAGAUCAUAAAAGGGAUGGCGUCAUUGGGCCUUAGGUAGAUAUGUUAUUGGGUGCUACUACUUAUCUUGGGGAUUUGACCGUGGCUUAAAGAACUCAUUUUGGAACAAAAUAAACUUCAAGUUAGGAAGUUGUGUAAAUGAGAAGUUUGGCAAUGCUGAUGCAUAUGUGCACUUCAAACUGUCUUUGAAACAAAUUUAAUACCUAUGAUGUUUCAUGUUAAGAUGUUUGUUUUGUGUCCCCACGUCUAAUGUGUCCAAUUCCUCCAGCUUAUCCGACAUGUGUUCAGGGCAUGUUCAUGUCUAACAAGUGUCCGACAUCGUGACCACCAUAGCGGUGUCCAUGCUUCAUAGGCUAAGAAGCACGGCAUAAACACUACACAGAUGUGUCGACAGGAAUAUUAUCAGACAAUGUCGGACAUGACACGUGGAUGACACACAAAAAUAUAUAGAUUUGAAUAUUUAUUAUAUAUUAUAUAUAGUGUAAGCAAUUAUUAUAUGUUAUGUAUAUGAAUAUUUAAUUAUUUUUUUACAACAAAAUGCAAUGCAACACUAAUUUUCAAAGUCUGAAGGAUGAGAAUAGGCAUAAAUUUAUAUAUAUAUUUUUUUAUCAUUAUAUUCCAAAUUAUUUUAUUC